AUGAGAAAGCGACCUGCCACAACGGAUGCUCUUCGUCCACCAGAAGAGGCAGCAACCGGAGCUUUAGCAGAAGAAGAAGCGUCGCCGACUCUGGACCCGGUCACUCAAGAUGUGGUCUCUUUGACACAGCAGGAACUGCAUGGCCUCCCACCCGAAGAGAAGCAGCAGGUGAUGGUAGACCUCUACGGCCUUGGUACCGUGGAAGAAGCUCCUGAUCUUGUUGACGAGCGAUUGGAGGAACUUCAAGUCAUUUUGAGAAAGAUCCCCGACAAGCGAAAAGUGGCAUACAAUAGGGCUCUUGCCUUGGAUUCCCACUAUGUUUCUUCCAGAGAGUUCCUGCUAAUGUUUCUACGAGCUGAUCGGUUCCAUCCCACCCCAGCCGCUAACCGCCUCUUGAUUUGUAUCACACAAGAUGACUUGGACCCAGAGUCACUUGAUAUCUUGUACAAAACUUGGUAUGUUGACUUGCCUGUCCAUGAUCGAGCAGGACGUCAUGUGUCCUUUGUCCAUUCGUGCAAGGGUGCUGAUUGUCAUGACAGUCCAGUGAUCCAUCGCAUGCGGGUUCUGUUCUAUACGAUGAUAGUUGCUGCACAGGAUAUUCAAACACAAAUCCAUGGCAGAGUCCACGUAAUUUGGGUGACAGCUGCUGGCUUGGGCCAGGCUGCGGAUCUGUGGAAGAUUGCAAGCAUGCAAUCUGCAUCAGUUAUUCGUCAUCAAGGCAUACACAUGUGCAUCGACCAAGAGAAUGGACAUGUUAGCGCUCCAAUGGUAAGCUUGGCACAAAUGGCCAUGACAGCAGUUCUCAGAGUACGGGUACGCCGACACAUGGGUAAUCCGUCAGAGCUCAAGUUUGCCUUGAUGACCUAUGGGAUCCCCACUGAGUCUCUUCCUGUUUCCCACAAUGGAGAAAUAUCUCAUGAAUUGCAUGUAGAGCGAUUGAAACAAAUUCGCAACGAUGAAAGACUGGCAAAGCAGCAUCAAGUAGCUCCGAAACAGCUGUCUGAAUCACCCAGUUCUACAAUUGGGUCACCUGGUGAUGACGAGAACACAGCUCCAUCUACCAAAGAUGACAAUGAGAAGGAGAAACCGGCUGCUCUUGUAGUGAAAGUUGUGGAUGCUCCCUCCAACAGCGACAUUCUCAUGGGCAAAGGGAAAAACAUCCAAAAUCAUGGUGGCAAUAUCCGCUUUCGAGCCCUGAUUGACCAGCAUCGACCAAGAUAUGAUGAAGCCAACAAGACUCAAAAGACUCAAAUUGCACAAGAGAUCGUCCACAUUGUCAAACAUGGCUGGAAGGGGCGGUUCCUUAUCAGAGAAAACAAGAAAGUGGGAUGGAUCCCGCUAGUGGAUGACCUUGCGGCUCGGCAAAAAGUCAGCUCUUGCUUUCGAGAUGCUCGAAAAAAGGAACUUACGCAAUCACCAACGACAACACACGUCAAUCAGAUUCCAGCAGCUGUGGAAGAUGAGCGUGGCGUGCGUGUUGUUGGAGCCAUUGAGACGCCUCACAAAGCCAGUGGCGUGGCUGCGUUUGGGGACGACUAUGGGAGCACAGAGCGGCAGCUACAAGAGGCUGCAGAACUCACAGCAGCCAACAUCAAUUUGUGCAACGAAUUUGAUGAUCUGAGCUGCAUCUCAGACAGUUCACUGCUGGACUCCAUGAUCAAAGAGUUUGACGAUCCAAUUUUGCAGCUUAUUUCCGAGGUGCCAUAG